AUGACGAACCCGUUCAUGGGUUCACCGUGGGCUCGGCAGGAGGACCCAUCUGAGCGUGGGGACGUGGUGACGGACGGCGACGCGACGCAGAUGUUGGAGGCGGGCGACUGCGCGAAGAUCGGCGGCACGACGGAGACCAAGUACCUCGAAGCGGCGGCGCUGGACGCGCCGGACGGAAGCAGGACGGCGAGCGGGCGGCUGAGAGGAACGGACACUCUAAGAUUCGACGACUUUGGCACAAGUGGUCAGGGUGUGCGUGCUGGAGAGCACGUAGGAGAAGGUGAACAGGACGUGCUGCACGAGCGCGGCCGAGAACGUGGCGGCAUUGGCACGAACGAGCGGGUCGCAGGCGGUACUCGACGCUAUCGUGAGCACUCGGACAGAGGGUCUGAGCUGUUCCUAGGCGCGUAGUGCGGGAUCUGUGGACGGUCAGUAGUGUUGGUGCACGUGCAGUAGUAGUUCGGGCGGUAGAGUAGCUGCUGGUGAAAACUGGUGUCUAUUCGUUGGUAUUAGGAGUAGUUCAGGCUAUUCCUCGUAAUAAAAUAGGAGCGGACACGACGGUGGACGUUCCGGCAGGGAGUCUUCUCCGCUUUCUUUACUUUACUAAAG